AUGCCGAAACCCUACACCCCGGCGAAGGUGAGGCUACAUCCUCGCGCCAGGAAGAAUAGGAGAGCGGGGGGCGAUUCGCAUGGGGUACUGUGCAUUCGUGGGCACCUGGGCUCUGAGGACGAAGCCGAGAUCGACCUCCGGGUGGACUCGUGCGCUAGUCGGACGUUCGUUAGCAAGGAGCACGCCGAGUCGCUGAAAAAGAAGCCCGUCAUCAAGCAGGGAACGCCGAUGAAGCUACUCCAGCUCACGGAGACUUCCACCCCAAUCAAGGGAAGCACCCGCCUGUCGGUAGUGGUACGGAUGGACGACGGGACCAUGGUUGAGAUGGAGGGACCCAUGCACGUAGUGGAGGGCAUGACGGUGCCGGUCCUGCUAGGAGAGGACUUUCAGCAGGCGUAUGAAAUGUCAGUAUCACGGAGCGUGGAAGACGGCACGGUCAUCACCUUUGGAACCUCGGGCUACUCGAAAACCGCCGUACCGUCAGCCCGAAGCAAGGAGCUGAGACAGGAAAAGAAAAUGCUGAAGGAGGACGACUAUAUCGUUAGGGCUGCCGAGGAUGUCAUCCUACGCCCGGAGACGGUGGUCAAGGUAGCCGUGACGGGACCCUUCGAGGAAGGAGGAGACUGGAUGGUGGAAAAGGAGAUGAUAUCCGCGACGAACGAGAAGCCUUUCCUAGUACCCAACGCCCUCGUUGCUGCAGAUAAUCCCGCCAUCCCGGUCGCCAACAUGGCUACGAUUCCUAGGCGAAUACGCAAGGGCAAAGCGCUAGGACGAGCACGGCGAGCAGAGGACUUCCUGGACAAGCCGGAAUCGAGCGAGCAGGCGGAGCAAAUGGCGAGACACGCCGCGUUUCUGAGCGAGACCAAGCUCGACAGGAAUCCGCCGAGGAUGAGAGCGAGGAAGUGGGACCUAAGACCGCGGAAAUGCCCGACACGGCAGACGUGA